UAGAAUUAAGUUUACUAGGGAAUAUAAACGCGCCGAGAGAAAUGCCACCAUUUAUACGCGACGACGUGCCAUUCGUCUGGUGCCAGGAGGAGCAGAACCAGGAGCAGAACCAGGACAAUAACCUGAACGCAGAACCAAUCCAAGAGGACAAUGAAUUGUCCAGUGAUGAUCAAGCACUGGACGUGGCACUGUUACAAGUCAGAGCCGCUGUGGAGCGAAAUGCUGUAGAGGCAGAUCGUGCCGGAAUAAAUGUUGUGACCUUCCAUCAGCGCAAUGCCGUUUAUUCGAACCUCCUUUUCGAGUUUGUAACUGCCGUCGACAGGAAGAUAGCUCUCAACCGGGAGCCAGCCACCGCGGAGACUGCCAUAGAGCACAGCGCCCUCACCGCGCAGAUCAAUCGACUGGUGCGGGAGGUCUGCGAAUUUAACAUCAGCUACAAUUAAUAUUUUGGAAAUACCAUUUCGGCCUCCUCAUUAAUAAGUGGACCUAAUUUUUGCGCUCGAUGGGGCUUAUCCGAUUGGACGUGACAUCGCAGAGACAUACUCGUAAAACGUUACUGAUUACGAGUAUUCUUCAAUGUCUCGAUGCAGUUAAUAUUCCCUAUAGCUCUGUAAAUCAUCGUAGAAUACAAGGUCCACAAGUAAGAACGGUUCGUGCUCCGAGGCACUGUACGAUGUGCUUGGUCUUUCUCUUGGCAAUAUUGAGGUCACGACACUCACAGCCCGAAGUCGAAUCACUCAGCUCCAAUAUGUAGAAAAACGGAUCUCACCUAAUCCCAUACCACUCCCAAUCCACUGGCAAGGGGCACUUUAGAGAGAUGGAAACCGAACAAUCAAAUCUAAAUUAUUAUAUAAGCCAUAAAUGGGAAGUGAAAAAAAAACAAAAGCAAUACCAAAUGCUAGAUGUGCGAACGUAUCAAAGUCUAAGCGGGGCAAUUUAUAGUUUCGACUCAUACUCCUCUCCAUAAUCAUAAUGAAGGUGGGCUGAAAAAUGGGCAAAAUGUGUAUCUGGGAAGCUGAAACGAUUUCAAGAAGCCCCAUUAACCUCAAUUAGUGACUUUGGAUUUGAACGAGAUGCAAAACAAUGGCAAACCGAAAACUGAAAACUGAAACUGGAGCUCGCUGAAAGUGAAACAGAAACAGAAACAGAAAUUAUACGAACAAACACAAAACUCGAACUGAAACUGCUAAUUAAAAUAAUGUCAAUAAAAUUGUUGUCCAUUAUAUGGCAG